GCCACAUACCUAACCGGCAGGAAUGUGAUUGUGCUGCAGUCGAGGAGCCGUCAGACUUGUGGCUACAAGCUCACAGCCGAUUGCAUCACAUCUGAGUGAGUUAUCUCUGUGAGUGUGAGGGUGUGUGAGGGUUUUUUUUUCCCUCUGCUUCUAUUUAAUAUGUAAAGCCAGACCAGGAAGUGCGAUGCUGUGACAGAACAGAAGACAGCUUGCGCACAAUGGCACUAUGUCUGCCUCUCGGCCCGGUAACAUGAGAGGCCCUUGGGUGAAGACCCCUCUCCUGCUGCUGCUGCUGCUGCUGUUGAUAACUCUGACUGGGACAGUUUCAGGCCAAUCAGAGGGUGAUUAUGCAGAUCCAGAGGCUGAAAGCACUGACGACUCAGACCCAGCUGAAGCUGACGCAGAUCCCGCAGAAUCACUGCUCACUGAAUCAACUGUGUCUGAUGCCACGUUACCACCAGAGCCUCCAGAAGACCCAGCGAUCACAGAAGAAUAUGUCGGCUCAGGAUUCACUGAAUCUUCAUUUCUCGGCCCAGAGGAGCCCAACCCGUCAGGAUACAACAGCACAGCAGAUGAGGACGAGCAGAAUUUGACUUUUGUCGUCAUCCCGGCUCUGGUCGUGCUGGUUGUUGUUGUCAUUGGAAUGAUAGUGUGUGGUAUUUUCAUCAACCGCAAGUGGAACAACAAAAGAAGAAGUCAAGAGCUCAGAAAAGAUGACCCGUAUUUGGAUGGACCAGACACAGAGAAGGUACCAAUGCCCAUGUUCGAAGAAGACGUGCCCUCUGUGCUGGAGCUGGAGAUGGAGGAGUUGGACCAAUGGAUGAAAAAAGAUGGUUUGCUUGUUCUAGGUGAAACUGCAGAAGGGUCUAAUCAUGGCUAAAUCUAAUGAUGUUUGACUGAGGACGCUCUCCCGGCAUGUGAGGACACACGGUGAACUGCUGACAACUCUCUACAAUGAUGCGGCUACAUUUGUAACCACAGGAGGGAAUUUCUCUGCCAGGAAACAACAUCAGACGACUUUAGGGACAUGAACACACUUUUUUACAGUACAGUUGUGUUAAAUAUUGGCACCUUCAUUUGUCAAUGAUACGUUUUUUUAAGCAUUUAAUGUAUUGUUUCUUUCAUGAUAUGUCUGUUUUUAUUGUUCACCCAAAUGCCUGUUUAGCAGUAUUUUCUCUUACAUAGAAUCAACCCGGGGCUACACAGUGGCUAGCAUUGUUGCCUCACAGCAAGAAGGUCACUGGUUUGAAUCCCACUUGAACAAGGGGCUUUUCUGUGUGGAGUUUGCAUGUUCUCCGUGUGUGUGUGUGUGUGUGUGUGUGUGUGUGGGUUCUCUCUGGAUUUUCCAGUUUCCUCCCACAGUCCGAGAACAUGCAGAGGUUAAUUGGACACAGUAAAUUGACCGUAGAUGUGAAUGUGUGACUGAAUGGUUGUUUGUCUCUGUGUGUUUGUGCUGCGAUCUGUCCAGAGUGAUGACCUGAAGAUAAAACUAUUCAGUAUGGAAUGGAAACAAACACUGUGCUGUAAUAGCUAUCACAUGUCCCCUGUUUGCCAAGUGGUACUAUGGCAGAUUAAAUAUGAUCAUGUUCACAAGGUCAGUUCUCUUCCUCGCCCCACACAGACGCUGCCACCGCCGCCUCUGCCUUAUCUCCAGCUCAGAGUCUCUUUAUUAUGUUUCACAGCAUGACUCUCCCUCCAGCUGCAGGUUUCAGAGGGGAAAUAUCCUGUCGAUGAUUGUAGGCAUGCAUGACACAGAGGGCCACUCCUUCUUCAUGCCUGUGCAGCGCUGGCUACAGCUAAUGGAGAAAGAGUUUUUAUUCCGAAGGUGAUUAAAAUCUCAGAGUGUGAAAUCAGAAACCCUCUUUUCCUGCAUGCUGUUGAAAUAGCUUUUUUAAAAAAGCUGCUACUGAUAAGAUUUCAAUCUCACCGUGGAUAAUGUCUCUCUGACUGAAUACAUUAUGGUGUUUAGAUGUUAUAAUAUAAGCUUUUUGGCCUAGAAGUGUUGGAUCUUAGUUACAUGUCAUUACACUGUUUUAAACGUGAGAGCAGCUGUCUGUCACUUAGUAUUUUGCAGAAUCUUGUGUAUGUAAAUAUUGCAAUGGCGAAAACCAAGAGAUGUUAUUUUCAUGGAAAUCCUUGUUUAAAUAUUUAAGGCUGUAGUAUUUUUAUUUUGCUGUCAAAGCUUUAAAUAAAAUGUCAUUGUCAAAUGAAUGAAAAUGUGUAUCUAAAUGUUUAAGGGUGGUGGUGGUGUCACAAUGGUCCAGCACUUU